AUGGGGUCGUACUGUCCCUACCUGAUAGGAUUGACCAGAGGGUUAUUCUCAUCAGACCAGAUCGAGCAGCUCCACCGGAGGUUUAAGCAGCUGAGCGGGGACCAGCCCACCAUUCGCAAGGAGAACUUCAACAACGUCCCUGAUCUGGAGCUCAACCCCAUCCGAUCCAAAAUCGUCCGUGCCUUCUUCGACAACAGGAAUCUGCGCAAGGGGCCCAGCGGGCUGGCCGACGAGAUCAACUUCGAGGACUUCCUGACCAUCAUGGCCUACUUCCAGCCCAUCGACGUCACCAUGGACGAAGAACAGGUGCAGCUGUGCCGGAAGGAGAAGCUGCGAUUUCUGUUCCACAUGUACGACUCGGACAGCGACGGCCGCAUCACCCUGGAGGAAUAUCGAAAUGUGGUGGAGGAGCUGCUGUCGGGGAACCCGCACAUCGAGAAGGAGUCGGCGCGCUCCAUCGCCGACGGGGCCAUGAUGGAGGCGGCCAGCGUCUGCGUGGGGCAGAUGGAGCCUGACCAGGUGUAUGAAGGCAUCACCUUCGAGGACUUUCUGAAGAUCUGGCAGGGGAUCGACAUUGAGACCAAGAUGCACGUCCGCUUCCUUAACAUGGAGACCAUGGCCCUUUGCCACUGAGCGCCGCCUCCCCGCGGACUACCAGGCUUUGCGCCGCCUGGCCUCCCGCAGGCCCCAGCAGCGAGGCCCGGGCCCGGCGGCCUUGGGCUGCAGCUCCUGCAAAUAGCCCUCUGCUCGUCCCGUCCCCCAGGACGGAAUGGUGUGUGGGACUCGCUGUUUUUAUCUCUAAUAAAAAGGAACAGGGUUUGUUAAUGAA